AUGCUCGGAAACCUCGACUUUGACCCGGAAUACGUCCCCGGCGUCAAGCUCGGUCUGCACAUCUUCCAGUUCAUUCUGUCCUUCGCCAUUUGGGCAUUGGAAAUUGCAGUGUUUAGAGCCGAUAACGCAAAAAUCGUCGGCAACAAUGGCUGGACUUUUGGAGUGUGCUUCCUUUCGCUACCAGCGUGGAUCUACCUGAUUAUGGCGCCGCGGUGGCCGAGAACGAGAAAACUGGCCAACCCCUACGCUAUGGCCAUCGUAGAUGCAUGCUUCUGCAUCAUCUGGCUUUCUGCCUUCGCAAGUCAGGCCGCCUACAACACGGCCAACCAGUGCGGUGACGGCUGCAAGCUCAGCAAGGCCAUUGUCGGCUUGGGUGUUUUCGUGUGCCUUCUCUUCGGAGGCAGCACCUUUGUCAGUCUGUACACUCUGAAGUACUACCAGUUCCACGGCAAGCUCCCCGGCUACGACAAGGAGAAGCUCGGCGGAGACAACAUCGACCCCGACAAGGCCGCCUUCUCCAUGGCACCCCACGACGAGGAGGCAUACGCCCCCGUCCAGAUGGAUGACCACAACGACGACAACACAACGCUCUACGGCGGCAACGCCACCGGCAACCACGGAUAUGCCAACAACAGCUACAACAGUCGCUACGGCGCCGGCAGCUCGGCCUACGGCGAGGAUGACGACCCGAACCGCUACGGAUCCCUCCCCUCGCGCCAGAACGGUGCCAUGUUCGACAGCGAGACCGAGUACCACUCUCAAACUCAUCCCCAGAGGCCCACCUCCACCAGCCCCGCGGCAGCGGUACAACCGUACUCCGCCCCUGAGCCGUAUGGCGCAGCGCCUGCUUACGACGACGACCGGCCGGCGCAGUUCCCUUCCGCGCCCUACGAUCGCACGAUGCACUAA